AUGUGGCAGGAAUUCAUCGAUGAUUAUCAUUAACUAAUCUAACUUAAUCAAACAUUCAGCGAACUAAAUGAUACUUUCCUCAACGAAUAGAAGAUGAAUGAAAAACCUUAAAUGGUAUUGUCACGUGUAGAUAUAAUAAUUGAGAAUUCUGAAGGAAAAGGUUAUAUAUAUGUGUUUAUCGACAGAAAUCUUACUAUUUUCAGAUAUAAUUUAUUACAGCAAACAGACAAAAAUUUAGAAAAAGAUAAAGAAUUUUAUCUCAAUAAAUCAAUAGUCAAUGAUACCUGCUUUGAUAUGGCAGUAAGAGAAAAUUUUCAAUACAGUGUAGUUCUAUUUUGUUAAAGUCAAUACUAUGAUAGUGAUUAGCAUCCUCACACCUCUUACCAUUUGGUAUUAAUUGAAAAUAUUUUUGGAGAGCUAGAUAUUAAGUAUUUGACCUACCUUGAUCAAAUAUCUGUUACUUAGCAUGAAGAAAAAGGAAUUAAAUAUAUAGGUGACGAAAUUAGAGAGUUUACAGGUGAUGUAGGUCUAUUUCUAGGUAUCUCAUUAUCAUAAUUUAGGAUAUUGAGAAUUGAUUUCGAAAAAAUAAGACAGAUGUUUAAGAAUUAGACAAAUUAAAACUAGCUUUUUGUAAAUCAAUCAGAUAUUAUCAACACUAAAUAUUCGGUGGAUUUCGGAACUGAACUGAAUUAAAAAGAAAUUCAAGAUUUCUUGUCACUCAAACAUAGAUAAAAACUUCUCGCUGUAUUGUUUGAUAACCAAAUAAGAAUUUGCUAAUAUGAGUGGAGUGUACUAUCUCCUCCUGAUCCACUAAAUCCCACUUAAAAUUUGGAUUGCUAUAAUAAUGCUCAAUUUUUCUAAUAGGAAAAUGCUGUUGCUCUUUAUUAGUCAGACUUUGAAGAAAUGUAUUUAUACGUGGCUGUUUCCAUUCCGCCAUAAAUUCUUGAACUAAAUCUAUCUGAUAGAAUAAACAUAAUUAUCUAGAAAAUUUAUACCACUCUAGAAGUAGUUUCAAAUCAUAUUGGGCUGAAUAUUAUGGCAGUUAAUAGUAAUUUUUUGGUACACUUAAUGGAGGAUAUAAAUACAAGGAGAAAUGAGUAAAAAAUAAAGCUAGUUUCUAUAGAAUCUUGGAGUUUGAAAUUUUAUGGUACAAACUCCACUUUGAUAGAGAAAUACAAAAAUAAUUGGAUAGCUUGCUCAAUAGGCAUAAAAAAUCUUGAUAGUGACCAUCAUGUGGAAUUUAACUUGACAUUUAUUGAUAAGUAUUAUACGUAAGUUAAGUCAAGAGAUAUGGACUAUUAUCCAUUUGAUAUGAACGAUAUCUAAGUUUUCUAUAACUGUGGAGAUGAAUCGUUCAAGUAUAGUACCACUAGCUAUUUCAUAGGUCCAAACUUUGAAUUAGAACUCCAAGAUUAAAGAUAAAAUUGUGAAGAUGGAGAUUGCUAUUUCAAGAUCAAGAAUUAAGAGUUUAUUUUAGAUUUUGAAUCUACUUUCGAUUUUACUGAAUGCAUGUUCUUUCAGCUUUACCCACCUUACUAGGGUGGCUUGCUUCAUUAAGAUGGAUUUAUCCUUUUAUGUAUAGACAUUUAUGGGGUAAAGAUCAAAUCAUAUACUCAAAACAAAGGAAAUAAUUCAUUUGAUUUGACUAAUGAAAUAAAACUUGGAGAGACACAAGAAUAUAUCUUUCACUCCUUUAAAGGUCAUGCAAGCUAAAAUGUUAUCAUAACUUAACAUGUUGAUUAAUCUAUAAGUAUCUUUGAAAUACUCAGUGAAAUCUAAGAUUUUGAGAUAAAAUGGCUAAAGACUUACACAUUUGAUGGAAUAGAUUAACUACAUGGUAUAGAUUUUGAACAAGAAAAAUUUAUCAUCUUAUAUGCUGAUGAUAAUACUAUCUUAGUCUACCAGCUAACUCAUGACCUGAAACUAUAAUAUAUGAGGAAAAUGCCAAUGUAUAAAAACUACUAGAAUUACCAAUUCCAUAAAAAUAAAAUUCAACCGAAAUUGUAUGCAAAAACAUAUUAUGAUGGUUUUCUUGCCAUCAUUAUGGAAAAUAAAGAUAACACAACUGAUCCAGAGAGGAAGGUUUUCGUCUAUUGUAUAUUUUGCUAAUCUUAGCAUGACUCUUUUGUAUUAGUUUAGGACUUUUAAGAAUUCUUCGAUCUUAAAACUUAUACUUAAAUCUAACUGCUCAAGAAUUCAACUAAGUUUAUGUUUGUUGCUGCCCAUAUGACGAAAAUCGAGAUUUUUUAUGCUGAAUUUUACAACAAUAUACAAGUUUAAUAAUCAUCAGAAAUCUUUGAUUUAUUAGUUAAAAAUUGCUCUAAUAUCAAUAUCAAUGAAACAGAUGCCACUAGAAUAUCAUUUUUGGAGAGCGCAAAGUAAAUUGCGAAGCUUAAAAUCAGGGCUAAAACUUUAUUCUAAGAUAGAACUCCGUCUAGUGGAAGUAUAUAAGUGAAAAUAUACACAUAAAAUUAGGGAAUGGUAAUAAAACCUAUAAUGGGCAAUGAAGUUGAAAUCGUAUAUUCUAACAGCCUGUCUAGCGAAUUAUUGAUACAAGACUAUUUCUAAGGAAUGAGUAUUUCUGUCGAUUACAAUUGUCAGUAUCUCAAUGAUGGUGAAGUUGAAUCAUGCAAUAAUAUUGUAACUGACAAUAGUUUAUCACAAAAAUUUAGAUUUUAUCUUGAAUUCGUGACAUCUGCUAGAAAAGUUGUUUUUUCAUAAACUUUAGGUAACUUCUUUUUUAUGAUUGACAACCUCCAAUUUUCUUAUCUACUCAGAUUAUAGGAUGGUAGUAGAGACUUUGAAGCCAUGAAUUUAAGAUCUCUAGAGUAGCUUAGAAGAGUUUGGACUCUAGAUGAUUUUGGUUGUGAACUUGAUGGUUAUCUUGAUAUAUCCCUUUACAAAAAAAUUAAUACCACUUCGAUCUACAUUGUAAUUUACUAAUGCUCUAUUGGAGGACUUUCACAUUUGUCUCAAGCUAAAAUACUAAUACACGAUCAUCCAAUAAAAGACAGUUAUAUGGAAGUUAUACAAUUUUUUGGCAAUUACAGAUUCCCUUAUAAGAUCAUUGAUGCUGACAAAGGUAGUUUUUAGUAGGUAGAUUUAUUUACUGAUUCCAAUAUCAUUGAAGUUAGAGUUGCCAUGACCAUUGAAAUUCCAGAAUCUUUCUCAAAUCUUCUAUAAUCUAUCACUAUAGUAAUGAACUUAACUGGGAAUUUCGCUCUAACGCUUGAUCCUAAAUCGAUCAGCUCAUUAACUGAAGAUAAAGACACAUUUUUAGUGACAAAGUCCAUUCAGGUACCUGGAUCUGAUAUAGUAAUAAUUGUUGAUAAGUUAACAGGAGCUUAUCUUUAUGAUUUAAAAAAUGCUUAGAACAUUUACUGGCUAGAUCUAAAAAACUUGGAUGAAUUUUUUGAGUAAAGCGAAGCAGAUGCAGGAUAGUCUCUUUUAGUAACUGGCAUAGUUGCAUAAUGGCCGUCUACCAUUCAUCUAGUUUCUAACUUUGGAAUUUACAUAAUUACUUUUAAUGUUGAUCUAACUAAUAGAACUUAAUUUCUAAGGGAAGGGUAAAUCUAUGCAAUAAAUAUUCUUAAAAAGUAAAUAAUCCGACAGAGCUUCUAGCAGUAUUCAUUGAACAUUGCUUAAAAUCAAUACGCUUAUGCUUUUCUAACAAAAUAAAACAUAACUUCAGAAAUUUAUGAUGUUGAUCUUGUCGUUAUUUCGCUUUAUUCUGCAGAAUCAUCUCAAGUUAUGGGGAUAUUUAAGAUUGGCACUAAUUUUGUUUGCAACUCACUUAGCCAGAGCUCAUCUCUUGAAAUAUCUAGUAUUGAUGAAAUCGGAGUAAGCUUUAUCUGCGAUACUCAGCUAUAUGUAUUUAGAGUAAGCACUCGAAGACAUUUAGUCCUAGACUUUCAUAAAAUUGAUAGCCUAGAAUCUAGCUCAUCCUUAAUAAAAAAGAAAUCAUCCUACUUAACAACUUAUAAUUUAACUCUUGUUGGAAAAACUGCUUUAUCUGAUCAUUAGGAAACUGUAAAAAUAAUAUUCAAGUAAACUGGUAACCCGAAUUAAUAGUCAUCCUAGAUUCUAAUAGCUAGCAUAUGCUUUAUUCUACUAAUCUCACUAGUCAUUUUCUCUCUAAUUAAGUUUUCAAAUCUUGAUGCCAAGAAAAGACUUAGCCUAAAUUCUACUAAUAGCUUGAUGAAAAGCCAUUAUCAAGAAAUUACUCUUAAUAAGUUAAAAAAUAGAAGUAAAUAAAAUAAAAAAAAGAAUAGGGAUAGACGUAGUUAUUAGGCAUCAAUAGUCUAGUAUAAUAUAGAAACACUUUUUACAGAAUAUAUCUAAUCACCAUUGUCGUUGAGAGGUACUGAUACUAAAGAUAUCAACUUUGAAUAAAGCUAAAUAUAAAAGACCAAUGAGCAGUCUAAUAAGUAAUUAGACACAAUUAUGGAUAUUUCAAGUGAAUAGCUUGAAUUAUAGAUGAGAAACUCAACCUACUAUUCAAUAAAUAAGUCACUACUGGAGGAUUAAGUUUCAGAGAAUAAUGAAGCAAAAGUAAAUACUCUUUAUGAUUAAAUAGACUAUUAAAAGAAAGGGAAAAUGAGCUUUUGGCAAAGAAAAUUAAAUGAUAAGUUAUAAUGA